CGAAAGCUAUUGAAAACCACCACUACUACUCUCCUGACUUUAAAGACAUCAAAAACCAAACGAUUACCUUAAGUCUUUCAAACGACUAGUCAAGCAACAGCUGACAGUUAUUUAAUAGACUUUUAAAGACAUUUUCAACAUCAUGUCUGAUUUGAAGGAUCUCGAGACCAGCAGGGGUGGUAUUCUGCGAAAGCAGAAUUCUGCCCCUUCAGGUUCUCGGGUAACCUUCGCCCGUCCGCGGGCUGAACCGGAUGUGGAAUUGAGCCAUUCAGUUGGUAGAUGGACUGAGAGCAUGUCUACUAGACCAGCGCAGGGGCCAAAAGGCUGGUAUGUACGAGAUACAUACCGGGAGUUGGCCUACGCUCCACCCUCAUAUUAUCCCAAAAUGUUUAUCCUUCUGGGGAAAGCAGAUGAGGAUGAGGGGGUCCCUGCAGGUGUUAGACAGAAAAAGCUUACAUCAACUGAGAGGCUCAGGAUGUCCAUGACUAGAAUGGAAGCCUCACGAAGGGCCCGUUUAAACUCGGAUGAGGAGGCACGUUUGGCCCUUCUACGGAUUUUGAAAGAUUGGUGUGGCCCUGAAGCUGAUAGACAAGAUAAGAUCACGGGUUCAUCAGCUGAGGGGCUCGUAAGUCUCGUUGAAAGCAGUGGGGAGCGAGAUGAUCAACUGAAGUUGUGCGUCUCUGCCCCCGCAGCUUUCGAAAUGUGGGCUGUCCCUCCGGGGAUAGUUAAUGAUGAUGAGUUGGUCCCUGCAGCUGGUAGACAGACUGCCAUGUCUACACCAGCUCAGGGGAAAGAAGUAACAAGCUGCGGUGAACGAGAUUCACAACGGAGGUUGUGCGUCUCUGCACCCGCAGCUUGCGAAACAAGGUUUGUCCUUCCCGGGGCAAUUGACGAUGAAGAGUGGGUCCCUGCAGUUGUGUCUACAUCUGCAGCGGCUUUAGAUGAAGAGGAGAGAAGCUUACCAGAACCAAAACCAAAAAGCCGGAAGAAAAUCCGUGCUUUCUUGCGCAGAGCAUUGCAGGCUAUCAAAAAAGCUUGCUGUUGCUGUGGAAAUGAGGAUAUAGUGGAGCCAUUUUGAUCCUCAGGUGCCCGUAUAGAUGAAGCUGAUGUGUAGAACGGUUCUGGUCUUAAGCAAACGGGUUUUUAAGAACCACCCUAUUGCCGGUCAGGUUCGUCAUUCCUUGGAUAUAUCAGCUUUCCAAGAAGCAGCUGAUCAUAUGGUCCAUUCGACCAUCGCCCAUGUGCUCCGGCAGAUCAGCUGAUUUUAAGUCGGGUUCUUCUUACCUGCACCGAGCUCGUGAUAAAACACAGGCAGUAUAGUCCCUUCGGACUCGAGCCGGCGAGCUCUUUUCCUUGGAAACAUGCCCGUUCCAAGAAGAGGAUGAUCUUAAAUGUGGUUUGUCUGCCACGGGCGUCAUGCUCAACCGAUCAUGCUUAUUAGUCAGUCAGGUUUGUGUAACCUGCACGAGCUCGUAAGAAACACAGGCAGUAUAGUCCCUUCGGACUCGAGCCGGCGAGCUCUUUUCCUUGGAAACAUGCCUUUCCAAGAAGAGGAUGAUCUUAAAUGUGGUCUACGGACCACGGGCGUCAUGCUCAACCGAUCAUGCUGAUUAGUCAGUCAGGUUUGUGUAACCUGCACCCAUCUCGUGAGAAACACAGGCAGUAUAGUCCCUUCGGACUCGAGCCGGCGAGAUUGUGGAACCCGACUAUUGCCAGUCUGGUUCAUCAUCUUUGGACAUAACAGCUUUCCAAGAAGCAGCUGAAUGGUCAGGUUCAUCUAGCCUGCGGUCAAGCGAUGGUGAUCGUGAGUAUAAAGUUAUUGUGUUCUGACCUUUAUUGUUGGCUUUAUUUUUUUCCCUUGUCAACUGUUUCUCUCCUUAUUUUUCAAAUCUCUGUCCAGUUUUGUAAUACAUGCAUUUUAGGGGUGUCACGAUUCGUUUCUCAAUUUUUACUUCUUUUUUUAAGACAAAAAAAUGCUAUGCCUAUUAUUAUUAUUAUUAUUAUUAUUAUUAUUAUUAUUAUUAUUAUUAUUAUUAUUAUAGUUUCACAUGAACAUGCACAUUGUG